AGGAGGACCUAUUAGAGCCUUUGCCCCAGAGCCUGUGACUCAGUGUUCGCUGGAGCGCGGUGUCUAUACCGGUCAGCCCAGGUCCCAAGGUCUGACAGCGCCCGGCCCAGCUCCGCAAGCCUGCCAGGAGCCAGCCAAGAGCCAGCCGGCCCAGCGCACUCCAGCCUAGAGCAGCCUUUGUCCUUCGGCCUGAACCUCGUGCCCUUUUUGGGACCCCUGCCCCGCGGGCAGCGCUGCCACCCUGCCGGCCAUGGAGACCCCGUCCCAGCGGCGCGCCACCCGUAGCGGGGCGCAGGCCGGCUCCACCCCGCUGUCACCCACUCGCAUCACCCGGCUGCAGGAGAAGGAGGACCUGCAGGAGCUCAACGACCGCUUGGCGGUCUACAUCGACCGUGUGCGCUCGCUGGAGACGGAGAACGCAGGGCUGCGCCUUCGCAUCACCGAGUCUGAAGAAGUGGUCAGCCGCGAGGUGUCUGGGAUCAAGGCCGCCUACGAGGCUGAGCUCGGGGAUGCCCGCAAGACCCUCGACUCGGUGGCUAAGGAACGUGCCCGCCUGCAGCUGGAGCUUAGCAAAGUCCGUGAGGAGUUUAAGGAGCUCAAAGCGCGUAAUACCAAGAAGGAAGGUGACUUGAUGGCCGCCCAGGCCCGGCUCAAGGACCUGGAAGCUCUGCUCAAUUCCAAGGAGGCUGCACUGAGCACUGCUCUCAGUGAGAAGCGCACACUGGAGAGUGAGCUGCAUGAUCUGCGGGGUCAGGUGGCCAAGCUUGAGGCAGCCCUGGGCGAGGCUAAGAAGCAGCUCCAGGAUGAGAUGCUGCGGCGGGUGGAUGCCGAGAACAGGCUGCAGACCCUGAAGGAGGAGCUGGACUUCCAGAAGAACAUCUACAGUGAGGAGCUGCGUGAGACUAAGCGCCGCCAUGAAACUCGGCUGGUGGAGAUUGAUAAUGGGAAGCAGCGAGAGUUUGAGAGCCGGCUGGCAGAUGCCCUGCAGGAACUGCGGGCCCAGCAUGAGGACCAGGUGGAACAGUACAAGAAGGAGCUGGAGAAGACCUAUUCCGCCAAGCUGGACAAUGCUAGGCAGUCUGCUGAAAGGAACAGCAACCUGGCAGGUGCCGCCCAUGAGGAGUUGCAGCAGACCCGCAUCCGCAUCGACAGCCUCUCAGCGCAGCUCAGCCAGCUCCAGAAGCAGCUGGCAGCUAAGGAAGCGAAACUUCGGGACCUGGAGGAUUCGCUGGCCCGGGAGCGGGACACCAGCCGGCGGCUGCUGGCAGAUAAGGAACGAGAGAUGGCCGAAAUGCGGGCAAGGAUGCAGCAGCAGCUGGACGAAUACCAGGAGCUGCUGGACAUCAAGCUGGCCCUGGAUAUGGAGAUCCAUGCCUACCGCAAGCUCCUGGAGGGCGAGGAGGAGAGGCUACGCCUGUCUCCCAGCCCCAGUUCACAGCGCAGUCGUGGCCGUGCCUCCUCCCACUCGUCCCAGACACAGGGUGGGGGCAGUGUCACCAAAAAGCGCAAGCUGGAGUCCUCUGAGAGCCGCAGCAGCUUCUCCCAGCAUGCACGCACCAGUGGGCGUGUGGCAGUAGAGGAGGUGGAUGAGGAGGGCAAGUUUGUGCGGCUGCGCAACAAGUCUAAUGAGGACCAGUCCAUGGGCAACUGGCAGAUCAAGCGCCAGAAUGGAGAUGACCCCUUGCUGACUUACCGCUUCCCACCAAAGUUCACCCUGAAGGCUGGGCAGGCAGUGACGAUCUGGGCUGCAGGAGCUGGGGCCACGCACAGCCCCCCAACGGACUUGGUGUGGAAGGCGCAGAACACCUGGGGUUGUGGGAACAGCCUGCGCACUGCACUCAUCAACUCCACUGGAGAGGAGGUGGCCAUGCGCAAGCUGGUGCGCUCAGUGACUAUGGUUGAGGAUGACGAGGAUGAGGAUGGAGAUGACCUACUCCAUCACCACCAUGGCUCCCACUGCAGCAGCUCGGGGGACCCCGCUGAGUACAACCUGCGCUCACGCACUGUGGUGUGCGGGACCUGUGGGCAGCCUGCCGACAAGGCAUCUGCCAGCAGCUCUGGAGCCCAGGUGGGCGGAUCCAUCUCCUCUGGCUCUUCUGCCUCCAGUGUCACUGUCACUCGCAGCUACCGCAGUGUGGGGGGCAGUGGGGGUAGCAGCUUCGGGGACAACCUGGUCACCCGCUCCUACCUCCUGGGCAACGCCAGGCCCCGAACCCAGAGCCCCCAGAACUGCAGCAUCAUGUAAUCUGGGACCUACCAGGGAGGGGUAGAGCAGAGGACUCCUGUUUCCUCCUCACCUCCUGCCCAGCUCCUCCCCUGCACUUGGCCUUCACAGGCAGGGGCUUGAAGCCAAAGAAAAAGAAAAAUACCCCUUUGGUUUUUUUCUUCUGUAUUUUUUUUUCUAAGAGAAGUUAUUUUCUACAGUGGUUUUAUACUGAAGGAAAAACACAAGCAAAAAAAAAAAAAAUGCAUCUAUUUCAAUCCUAAUUUCUCCUGCCUGCCUUUUCCCUGCUUCCAGGAAAUUCCAAAUCUGCCUUAAAACCAAAGAAAACUUCCUCUGGGAGCCAAGGGAUGGGGUGCUUUUACAAGCCUAGUUUUCUGCUUUUGUCCCACCCACUCCCCACCCCCAACCCCUCGGGGUCCCAUGACAUGGUGCCUAAGAGGCAAGCAUGAGGCUUCUCUGCCAGCCUCCUCUAGACAGCAGGCCCACGGCCAGGCCAGCCUCUGAGAGGAGAGAGGACUCUUGGUCCCACUACACCUGGCUAAGACACCUCUGCCUGCCCCAUCUCCACCCUACUUUGCCCCGGGGUAAGUCCGUUCUCCCAGGUACCACUGCACUUGCUUUCUCUGCAUUUUCCUUAGACAAGAGAUGGAAAUGAGGCAGAAGGGGGAAGAAGGUGAGUUUGAGCUGCCUUUCUUAGCUCGUCACAAUCACUGGAGGGACUGAGUCAAGUGAGGUGCAGGAAGGAGGGAGAGAGAGACCAUCAAAAAGGGUCAGAGCCUGCUGUGCCCAUCCUCUCCCCUAGAGCAGGAAGGGGAGGGGGCACAGAGCAGUGAGGCAGCAGUUUGGGCAAACACUAAGGAUCCCCUUGGCCUCCCCAUUUCCCAUCUGCACCCCUUCUCUCCAAAUCAAUACACUAGCUGUUUCUACCCUG